AUGAAGAGGUCGCACACAGAUGCGCCUCGAAACAACCGUCAGCGUAAGAAUAUUCUGACUAGGACAUUCACAGUCCAAGGCCCCAAAGAUCCAAGAGUCGCUGUUGAUGAAUGGCGCGGCGUGAAGAAGAGUGAUGAUAGCAAGGAGAAUGAUGGUAGUGGGAGUGAUUGGAUUUCAUCUGAUCAAAAGAAAGACGUCAUCAAAUGUGCAAUCGCUUACACUAUUGCAACUUUAUUCACCUUUAAUCCAACAUUAAAUCGUCUAAUAAGUGCCUUAGACUUUAAUGACCAAUCUAAAUAUUCCAAAGUGGCAGUGAAUGCCCAUAAUCUGGCAUCUGCUACCGUCUGGUUUAAUCCUGCGCGUAGUCGCGGCUCUAUGCUACAAGCUAUUCUCUUUGCUUUGACUGCUUUAGCAUUCGUCACAGUUUUAUCUUUAGCCGCUACUUUCACGUUGACUUUCGUGGAUUUUGAUCCGGAAAAUGAGUACUGGUCUACAGAUAUCGAUGAAUUCAUCGUCGCUUUUGUUUGGAUCGGUAUUGGCUCAGCUAUCGCCGCUUUCGCUAGACUCAAAAUGGCCAAUCAGACGUUCAACUCAGCAGCGACCAUGUCUUGCAUUGUUUUCUACUCAGUUGUGGUAAACAAUGGCGGUAUAGCCAGGCUAAUCCAGUAUCUGGGUAUGGCGAUGAUUGGUAUUAUCAUCUCAUCCACCGUCUGCCUCUUAAUCUGGCCGAAAAGCUCAACAAGUGCACUGCGAAGAGAUCUCAGUGACAGCAUGGAUAGUUUUGCAAUGCUAUUAGAUACACUGUUCUCCAAUUUCACUCAAGACGGCGAAAAGCCACUCGAUAAAGAUGCUUUCGAUAAAGCUGUCAAAGCGCACGACGAAGCUUUUGUCACUUUGAAAGCUGAGCUCCCACACGCCCUUCGUGAAAGAUGGUUGAAAGAUCAGCGCGUUAACAAGAGUCAGAUACGUCAAACAUACAAACACGCAGUGGAAGCUAUCGAACGUUUAGCUCAGCAUUUGACAGGAUUGAGAAGCUGUCUUAAUAUGCGUGAUGAGAUGAUGCUUCAGGAUGAAAGCUUCUCAAAAGCAUUCCAGACAAGCAUUGACAUAGCAAGAAAACCCAUGCAAGAACUUACGGAGACAACUGUGAACGUGCUGAAAGAAGCAAAGUUGGUGUUCAAACGUGAUUCAAACCCUGACGUGCUUACUGAAACGCGCCGCUCUAUGUUGAUAGCUAGUGAAAGAAUGCAACGUGCAAUAAGAAAGUUUGAUAUUUCUUCCGGUAUAGUGCUCGAGUCUUCGCAGCCAGACAUUAGAAUAGAUGUCAAGUCAAUACAGGAGCCAUCGCUGAUAACUCAGUUCUAUUUAUUCAAUCUAAGAGAGCUAGCAACAGAGCUAUACCACCUUCUAUUAUUGAUAGAUGAGAUAAGCGAGCAUGAUUUAAUGUUCGUCUUUAAAAUCUCAUUGAGAAACUCCAAUAUUCUUGAUGAGAAUUAUCAAGAUGACGAAAGUGUCUUUGACGAGAGCAGCUCUUAUUUCAGCACUAAGCUACAGCGUCCACCAAUGUUGCGCAGAAGAAUGAGAAAAACUCUAUCCAAAUUAAUUCCCAUUGAUCCCAGUGAAUUUAAGGUAGACGAUCAAUCUAAAUACUGGAGAAGCAGUAAGGUUGUUGAGGAGGAGAGUAUUGGUUUCCCAGAUCGACUCAAUCAGAUGCUAUGGAAAGUACUCAGAUUUAGCAGAAGAAGGGAUGUUAAGUUUGCUAUUAAAACGGGUGGUGCUUUGGCUAUACUCUCGAUGCCCUCCUUCCAUUCCAACUUACGAAAGUUUGCUAUGAACCUAAGGCUGGAAUGGGCGUUGAUUAGUUGCUUUGCAUCUCUCUCUCCCACAGUCGGACAGACAAAUUUCAUGUGCUUCCAGCGUAUUCUCGGUACGCUUGUUGGUGCUGCUGUCGCAGUCAUUUCAUUCAUCGCACUGGGUCAUUCACUAGUCGGUGCUAUAGGAUUUCCUAUUGUCGGCUUGUUUUUCUCGCUUCCAUGUUUUUAUAUAGUUGUUGGAUCGAGCAGAUAUUCUUCGACUGGCCGUUUCAUUCUUCAAUCGUACAACCUCGUAGCAUUGUACGCAUUUAAUUUGCGCGAGCAAGAUAUGAAUCCUAUAACAAUAGCCGCAAAGCGCUCAGCGGCUGUUACAUUGGGAAUUACAUUCAGUAUGAUAGUUUCAAGACUUUGGUGGCCAGUUGAAGCUCGCAAAGAGUUAAGAACUGGACUAGGUGAUUUGAUUCUAGAUUUAGGAUAUCUUUAUAACAGACACACAUUAGCGCAGUCAGUCUCGCCAGUGCCUUUCUGUCUCAGUCCACAGUCUGUCGAUUCGUUCGAUCUGGCAUCGGAAGCUGAGCGUGCUUCGGAAACAACAAACUUGCUUAGUCCACAAAAAACAAUGAUGGGAGAAAAGAGAGAGGAGCAGAUAUCCAAGGAGUUCAUGUCCAUGGAAUUGCACAUACAAAUACACUUGAUCAAAUUGCGUAACUUGCUAGCACAGACCAAGAAUGAACCCAGAAUAAAAGGACCAUUCCCAGUAAAGAAGUAUGCAGACUUACUUGGCUCAUGUCAAAGAAUACUUGAGGUAAUGCAUAUUCUGGGAAUGGUAACGCAGCCGCAGAACUUGUACGCACGACGCUUCAUGGACAAAUUCAGAGAAGAGAGGAGAGAAAUGGUUGGAAACGUCCUGCUCUUCUUUAGCGUGAUUGCUAGUGCACUCUACUCCAAGUCGCCACUGGCACCGUAUCUCCCACCUGCUAACAAAUCAAGACAAGCACUGAUGGAUAAAAUUCAGGCAGCAAGCUCAACAGCAUCGGCGACAGCAGCAAUGGCUGCUCAAGCUUCUACUUCCUCAACGCAAGACUUGGAAAUAAACUCAACUGCGUCACAUCUUCUAGUUUUUGCCUACGCUCUUUGCAUGCGUUCGCUUAUAAAUGAACUUGAAGUAUUGGGAACACAGCUGCAGGGCACGUUCGGUGUUAUUGGCAAUACAGACACAGGAGUGCUUGAAUUCGGUAAGUGUUAA